ACCUAGCGCCCAAUCCACUCGCCGACAUCCCAUCUCUUCUCAUCUUCAUCACUCCACCCGCUCUAACUCUUCCUCCUCCCCACCUCUCUCCUCUCUGGCCUCUCAUUCUCUUUCUCGCCAAGCCGCAUCCUCCGGCCAGCCUCACUCUUCAUCAUCAACCUCUCCCACUCGCCCGGGCCCCAAUCUUCUUCCCCAGUGUCGUUCCGCAAGUUGCCCAACGAGACGCGUCCGCGCGUCCGCACGUCCGCACGUCCACUCUAUCCACUCGCGCACUCGCCUCUCCCUUCCACCCCCUCGCGUGGUUGCCGGCUUCACCUUCUGCCUUUACUCUCCCCCAUCUACUGAUCAUUGCAUCUUCCCUUCGCCCCAUCGGCAGUCCGUUGGCCUCUACAUCUGACUUCCGGGCUGGCUAGCGUUCAUCUCCUCGUCCCCAGCUUCUGAACUUCGCUGUAUCCAUGGCGUUGGUGUACGCCAAGGGCACGCGGGUGUGGCUCCCCGACUCGGCAGCAGGCUGGAUACCUGGAACGGUCACCGCUAUUUCCCUCCCUGCUGACAAGGAGCCGUCCUCUGUCGUCACUAUCACCGUCGCCCUCGACGGAGCAUCUCCCGACCAAGCUGACGCACCACCUCCCUUGCGCAAUCCUCCCCUUUUGGAGAGUUCGGAGGAUCUGGCAAGCUUGAGUAAUCUGAAUGAGCCCAGUGUGCUGCAUGCCAUCGCGACUCGCUAUGAGGCCCAUCAGCCAUACACAUAUUCUGGUAUUGUGCUCGUCGCUCUUAAUCCGUUUAGUCCCGUUCCACUGUAUGGGAAUGACAUUCUUCACGCCUACGCUGGUAAGAAGAAGGGCGAACUUGAACCUCACUUGUUCGCCAUCGCAGAGGAGGCGCUAGAUGACAUGCGGAGGGGGAGUGGAGGAGGCGGUGUUGACCCAACUGGUGCUGGUGACCAAACUAUCGUUGUCAGUGGAGAAAGUGGAGCGGGCAAGACCGUGUCCGCUAAGUACAUUCUUCGCUACUUUGCGUCCGUUUACAACCCGUCGCGGACGGAGUCGAGUGGAGAGCGCCGGAGGGCGGAUGGCACCGGCAACGACGAGGAAGGGAUGAGCGAGAUUGAGCGACAGAUUCUGGCCAGUAAUCCCAUCAUGGAGGCGUUUGGCAACGCCAAGACCACUCGCAACGACAACAGUUCUCGAUUCGGCAAAUACAUUGAGGUGUUGUUCGAUGCGGACAACAAGAUCGUUGGAGCGCGCAUUCGCACCUACCUUUUGGAACGCUCGCGUCUCGUAUAUCAACCAGAGACUGAACGCAACUAUCACAUCUUUUAUCAGCUCCUAUCGGGCGCUCCGUCCAAGGAGCGCAAGGACCUGUCUCUUCCCACGGACCCCCAGCAAUUCGCCUAUCUUGCCGGGGGAGGCUCCUCUUCCUCGACUAUCCCCGGUGUCGACGACGUAAAGGAGUUCCGCGAUACGCAAGAGGCCCUCAGUACCGUCGGCAUCUCGGUGGAGCGGCAAUGGAGCAUCUUCAAGGUCCUGGCCGCUCUGCUUCACCUGGGCAAUGUGAAUAUCACACAAGCGAGGACCGACGCUGUCCUCUCGGAUGGUGAUGAGUCGCUGAUUUUGGCCACCAAUCUCCUGGGGCUUCCUGUUGCAGAUUUCAAGAAGUGGACGAUCAAGAAACAGCUUGCGACGCGCACUGAGUCCGUCACAACCAACUUGACCGCCGCUCAAGCGACCGUGGUGCGCGAUUCAGUUGCGAAGUUCAUUUACUCUUGCCUAUUUGACUGGCUCGUGAGCGUUAUCAACGAAAGUCUUGCGGGCGAGAAUGGUGCCGGCGCACUUAAGUCCAGCAAGUUUAUUGGUGUCCUGGAUAUCUAUGGCUUUGAGCACUUCAAGAAGAACUCGUUUGAACAGUUCUGCAUCAACUGGGCGAACGAAAAGCUUCAGCAGCAGUUCAAUGCUCAUGUGUUCAAGCUCGAGCAGGAGGAGUAUAUGCGUGAGCAAAUCAACUGGACCUUCAUCGACUUUACGGACAACCAAGCGUGCAUCGAUGUCAUUGAGGGAAAGAUGGGUGUCCUCGCGUUGCUAGACGAGGAGUCACGUCUACCGUCUGGCGCAGACGCUUCCUUCGCCAACAAGCUCCACCAGCAACUUGGCAAGCCAGAACAUAAAGGCGUCUUUAAGAAACCUCGCUUCAAUCAAAAUGCCUUCACCAUUGCACAUUAUGCUCACGACGUGACGUACGAGGUCGAUGGGUUUUUGGAGAAGAAUCGUGACACUGUCCCGGACGAGCACCUCACACUUCUGCAAAAUGCCUCGAACGACUUCCUCCGGGAGGCAGUCGAGCGGUCCCUCGCUGUGGCGAGCACAGUAUCAAGUACUCCUGCCACUCGAACGGGAGCGAAGCGAAGUGGGCCUGCGGCGCGAAAGCCUUCCCUGGGUUCCAUCUUCAAGCACUCACUCAUCAGUCUCAUGGACACCAUCAACAACACCAACGUCCACUACAUCCGUUGCAUCAAACCUAAUGAGGCGAAGAGGGCAUGGACAUUCGAGCCGCAACAGGUUUUAUCCCAACUGCGCGCCUGUGGCGUACUGGAAACCAUUCGGAUCAGCUGUGCGGGUUAUCCGAGUCGUUGGACGUUUGCAGAGUUUGCCAACCGGUACUACGUCCUUGUCAACUCAAAGGAGUGGGAGGGCAAUUCGGAUGUCAAAGCAUUCUGUCAGCUACUUCUGCAGCGGACGCUGCGUGAUGAGGACAAAUAUCAGAUCGGCCUCUCGAAGAUCUUCUUCCGUGCAGGCAUGGUUGCUCAGCUCGAGGCCUUGCGCACGGCGAGGUUGAACGCCCUGGUCACACUAGUCCAAAAGAAUGUCCGUCGCCGCAUUGCAUACAAGCAGUAUCAAGAUCUCCGGAAGAAGACGAUCGCAAUUCAAGCCUGGUGGCGCGGUGUCUUAGGCAGGCGACUGGCCGAGGAAACCAGGAAGCACGCGGCUGCCGUACUUAUUCAACGCGCGUCCCGAGCCUACUUGCAGCGCCGCUCCUAUCAGCAAACCAGGCAAGCCGUUGUUACCAUCCAGUCUGCUGUGCGAGGCUACCAAGCCCGCAAACGCUACCACGAGGGUCGAAUCGUGGCUGCAGCCGAGACUUUACAGCGGCUGUUCCGGGGCAGGCAACGAGCCGCGAAGGAGACGAAGCGCAUCACCAUUCUGCAAACGCUCUGGCGCCGCAAGCUGGCCGUUCGCGAACUGCAUGCUCUGAGGGCUGAGGCAAAGUCCGCAUCCAAGCUCAAGGAGAUCUCAUAUCAACUGGAGAACAAGGUGGUGGAGCUCACCAAGACUUUACAGAAGCGCAACGGGGAGAACAAGAGUCUCAACGUGCGAAUCGCGGACUUGGAGAAGGAGCUUGCGGUCUGGCACUCCAAGCACGACGAAACGCACAGCCGCGCCGUGGAGUUGGAAGCCAAGCUCUCCUUGCCCACUGUUCCGCAGUCAAAGUUCAACGACAUGUUGGGCGCGAAAAACGACGCAGAGUCUCGUCUGCGUGCCGCCAUGAAGCGCGUUACCGAGCAGGAGGAGGAUGUUGCUCGCCUUACCAGCCAACUGGAACGUGCAACCGCUGAUUUCCAUGAGCGCCAAGCCGCCAUUGACAGUGCAGUGGCCAGACACAACGAGGAUGCAGCGACGAUGUCGGCCCUCCGACAGGAGGUGGCGUCGUUGAAGGAACAGAUCAGCCGCGCCAACGCACUUCACACUCUCACCAAAGGGUCACGCGAACCUCCCACUUCCCCGACCUUCGACCGCGGGCUACGCGACUUUGCCAAUGGUCUGCAUGUAGCCGAGCGUGGCAAUGGUUCGACGCGUCGCCGUCAACGCCGUCAUAGCACCACUGGACAUGGGGCAGCGGCAAUUGUCCACUCGGACGACGACGGCUUCGAUCUGAAGAAGGCGACCAGUAACCCUCGGGCCGUGUCAGUGAUGUAUCCACAGGGCACAGCUCUCCGUGGCCGAGACUCCAACGGGCUGCCAACUGUCAGCGACUCAACUCCAGACGAGGUUCUUCGUCUACUGGAGGACGAGGAAGGAUUGGACGAAGACGUGCUCCAUGGACUCAUCGCCAAUCUGAAGAUUCCCGCAGCCAGCCUACACAACCCCCCAUUGGCGAAAGAGGUCAUCUUCCCUGCGCACCUCAUCUCUCUCGUUUCCAACGAAAUGUGGAAGCUUGGAAUGAUUCCGGAGAGUGAGCGCUUCCUCGCCAACGUCAUGCAGAGCAUCCAAAGUUACGUCAUGCAAUUCAAGGGCGAGGAUGUGAUAGUGCCCGGCAUCUUCUGGCUCUCAAACGUACAGGAGAUUCUCUCGUUCAUCUGCGUUGCCGAAUCGGACGCUCAGCAAGGCGUCGCUCCAGGCAUGGACGAGCCUGGGGCGCGGGAGCUGGACUGGGAAGCCUAUGAGCGCCUUGUGGGCAUCGUCAAGCAUGACCUAGACAGUCUCGAGUACAACAUCUACCACACGUGGAUGCUCGAAGUCAAGAAGAAGUUGGGCAAGAUGGUGAUCCCAGCCCUUAUCGAAUCACAGUCUUUGCCCGGCUUCAUCACCUCAGAUGGUAGCGGCAGGAUGUUUUCUCGCAUGAUCGGCAUGGGCGGCGGGAGCAACCAGCCUGCGGCGAGCAUGGAUGACAUCCUCAACCUUCUCAACAAGGUCUGGAAGUGCCUCAAAAGCUACUACAUGGAGGAGAGUGUCAUGCAGCAAGUCGUCACUGAGCUUCUCAAGCUGAUCGGCACCAUCGCGUUCAAUGAUCUCAUUAUGCGACGCAACUUCUGCUCGUGGAAGCGAGCCAUGCAGAUCCAAUAUAACAUUACCCGCAUCGAAGAGUGGUGCAAAGCUCAUGAUAUGCCUGAAGGUCUGCUUCAACUUGAGCAUCUCAUGCAAGCCACAAAGUUGCUGCAGCUCAAGAAGGCAACUCUUGGUGACAUCGAGAUACUGUUCGACGUCUGCUGGAUCCUGUCACCUUCUCAAAUCCAGAAACUGAUCUCGCAAUAUCACAACGCCGAUUACGAAGCCCCCAUCUCCCCUGAUAUCCUUAAAGCUGUUGCCGCUCGCGUUCGUCCAGAGGAUAAGAACGACCAGCUGCUCCUCCAAACUGAGCAGGACGAGGUUGGACCGUACCAGAUCCCUCCUCCUCGUGACAUUGCUGGCCUAGAGACCUAUGUGCCUGCAUGGCUCAACGUGCCCCUGAUUCGUCGUCUUGCAACAUUCGUUGCGUAA